UUUUUGUGCAUCUCAGUGUUUAGAAAGAAGUCAUGUGAGCUUCUGAGCUGCGGGGACAGAGACAGUGGAGAACGUGUGCAUCAGUGCAGAGUGCUGCUGGAGCCCUGGCAGAGCGAGAGGGAGGCAGAGGGAGCCUGAGAGAGAAAAGGCGAAGUGGUGGAAGCUGGAACAGCAGCAACUGCUGCUGCUGCACGGUGCAGCUCAUGCUGGGAACCGGCUCUGCUGCCAGCACGCCUCUCUGAGGGUGCAGGUGCCUCACAUUCAAAAGUCCUAGGUGGUCAGUGGCACUUCCAGGAGCCAAGCACAGCGGCUUUAUUCUUUUCUUUUCCUGCCAAGAGCACCUGUUUGAGGACUCCGCUUCUUUUCCUGGACUGAAAGCAUACUUGCUUCCUGCUGUGUGCACUCCUCCUGGCCUCCCUCCUCCCCGUGGGGACCGUACCCCUAUGGAUGCCCCCAUACAGAUUUUCCGCGAGGAGCCCGACUCCACCUGCUCCCCAGGGCCCUGCCAACCCCCCAGCACCAGCAGCAGCUGGCUCCCGAGCUGGGCAGACUAUGACACCAAUGCCACUGGGGUCUUUGGGGACGGCCAGCACAACCACACCAACAUCUCCCCCGCCAUUCCCAUCAUCAUCACCGCUGUCUACUCGGUGGUCUUCGUUGUUGGCUUGGUGGGGAACUCCCUGGUCAUGUUUGUCAUCAUAAGGUACACAAAGAUGAAGACAGCGACCAACAUCUACAUCUUCAACCUGGCUAUGGCAGAUGCACUUGUUACCACAACCAUGCCUUUCCAAAGCACCGAGUACCUGAUGAACUCCUGGCCCUUUGGUGAUGUGCUGUGUAAAAUAGUGAUUUCUAUUGACUACUAUAACAUGUUUACCAGCAUUUUCACACUCACCAUGAUGAGUGUUGAUCGAUACAUUGCCGUGUGUCACCCCGUGAAGGCUCUGGACUUCCGUACACCUCUCAAAGCAAAGAUAAUCAACAUCUGUAUCUGGCUGCUGUCUUCAUCUGUUGGUAUAUCAGCAAUAGUUCUUGGAGGCACCAAAGUCAGAGAAGAUACUGCUAGCACUGAAUGCUCCUUGCAGUUUCCAGACAGAGAUUACGUGUGGUGGGACAUCUUCAUGAAAAUCUGUGUCUUUGUCUUUGCAUUUGUUAUUCCAGUUCUCAUUAUAAUUGUUUGCUAUACUCUGAUGAUUCUGCGCCUGAAAAGCGUACGGCUCCUCUCCGGGUCUCGAGAAAAAGAUCGAAACCUGCGCCGCAUCACCAGGUUGGUGCUUGUGGUUGUGGCAGUUUUUAUCAUCUGCUGGACUCCUAUUCACAUUUUUGUGCUGGUGGAGGCCUUAGGGGAUGUGUCCCACAGCACUGCUGCCAUAUCCAGCUAUUACUUCUGCAUUGCUUUGGGUUACACCAACAGCAGCCUCAACCCCAUCCUUUAUGCGUUUCUGGAUGAAAACUUCAAGAGAUGCUUCAAGGACUUCUGCUUCCCCUUCAAGAUGAGGAUGGACAGGCAGAGCACCAGCAGAGUCAGAAACACUGUGCAAGACCCAGCUUACAUGAGGGAAGCAGGUGGGGCAAACAAACCUGUAUGACUAGUCGUGGAAAUGUCCUCUUACUGUCCUCAGGAGAGAGAGGAGUCCAACGACCUAGGACUGACACAGAUUACGACUGCGGUUUGAAUCAACUCGCCCAGACAGACAUUUCUGGAAUAUUUCAGAAGUCCCAGCAGGUUGAACUAAAUCAAGUUUAUUAUUGAUGAACAAGAAUCUCCUGAAAAUCAGCUCAAAUGAAAAGGACCUGGAUAAUGGUCAGGUUUUGGCAUCAUAUCUGCUGUACUUGAGCCAGCACUAAAACACACUUUUGCAGAGUGAAGAGAUAGUGUUGCACCAGGUGAUUCCGGAUAAGAGUAGUUCUCACUCUACAAUAUGUAACAUUGUAAAAGGCAACAUUUGGUCAUAAAACUGAAUACCAGAAACUUCUGCCCCAACAGUGAUUGCUUCUAAAGUAUGGAGUUUGACAACUUGAUCCUCUUUAACAGUGAAGAGUGUUAGGUUUCUGUGAACAAUGCCACAGCUAUAAUCAAUAUUGCCCUCAAUUAAUAUAUCUGUAACCCUUGUUUGUGCUGUGAAAAUCAAUUUGAACAUGAUCCACCCACACACCAAAGUGAUUUUAUUGUGUCUGUGUAUGGUAAAGCCUUUUGGCAUUCAAAAAUUCUGGAAUUUAAUGGGAAUUGUUAUCACAUGUUUAAUCACCUCUGUGUAAUGUUUUGUAUGUGUGAUUUUCCAAGGUGGUUGUUUCUUUAUUGAGUCUGAAUAAUAUAAUGCACAUUUUCAGAAUGUAUAUUGAACAAGAACCUAGAAAACUCCAAAUGCUUCACUUGUUAUGAAAUUGAUGAAAAGCCACGUUACAUUCAUUACAUGAAGGAAACACUCUCAUGUGUAACUUGUUUUCCUGGACAAUAUGUAAGCAGACUGAAAUAAAUAUUUGACAAAUUAGAAAUGAGGGAAUUAGCACAUGAAUUAACUGGAUUGAUACAAUGGAAAUUAAAUAUUACUGGAUGCCUUAAUGGCAUUUGAUGGAAAAAGAUUCUGGUUUAUUGAUGCUGAUAUAUUUUCUUUGAUACAGUCCUAUGACUUCAGUAAUUUUCUCUGUUUUCCUGUCAAGAUGGAGGUGUCAAGGCACAGAUAAAUAAGUCCCUAGCUUGCUGAAGGUAAAUUUAUGGUAAAAUGGAGCCUAAUUUCCAGUCUGUAGACUUUUGUCUUCCUGAUGUUAUAUAUUACAACUCCCACUACUGCUGUUGCUGAAAUUUAGAGGAAUGCUCUCAUUAUUUUCACCCUGAACACAUACACCAUACAUCUUCCUGUUACUUUUGUUCUUUAUACAAAAGAAAGAAUAACAUGGGUGUCUUCAUUUCAUGGGAAAUUUUCUCAGAAACACAAUCUGAUUUGGUCCUAUCAGACCAAAAAUGCCUUAUGCACACCAGUAAAAAUAAUGAGUUUUUUCUUGGACUAGCUGGCAGUCCCGUUCCUGUGGAAGUGCUGUAGAAAUUCAGCCUUCUGCAGGACUUCCAUAUACUUUAUUGUUAAUACAGUCAUGUAUGUCAAUUAUUUUUGAUAUUAGUUUGAUAAAUGCUGUUGUUGAAAUAUUCAAGACAACUCUUUCUGGACAAGUCUAGCACUUUCUCUUUGUUUCUACAUGAAGAAUGACUAGCUGACCUCAGGACCUCAUGACCUCAUGCUUGCUUUACCUGGGGAAGUGAAUGAUGUUUACACAACUGCUGAGUCUCACCUCCUAUUCUGUCAUUCAUUUAUUUUUUUUAGCAUGCAUCCACCUUUCUAAACUAAGUCUUGACCUUUACAUGGCCACAAAAAGAGAAUGUUUAAGAUAAAAGUUGAAAAUCCAAGGUAUUUAUCAAGCUAGGAGCAAGUGAAAUGGAAAAGAGCUAGAAUCUAAUGAACUAUUUUCAUUCAAAAUAACCUACGUUCCUGUUCAUGACUUACCAUUUGCAUGUGUAAGUCUGUGCUUGAAUAGGGUUUUUUAUACACAUUAUGUGCAAUGCUUUGCAUUGUAAUGAAAAAUCAAUGUUUUUAAUUUGCAAAAAGGAGGCUUCUAAUAAUAUUUUUGAGGUUUAUGUUUUUAAGAAGAAGAAGAAGAAGAUCAUCAUUUCCAUCAGAGUGGGAGGAAAUGAUAACUUCCUAACAAUUUAUCUUGCAAAAUGUUAUAGGAAUAUGUCCUAAAGGUUUAUUUCUAUCAUGGGAUGUUAACAGCCAAAUUAGUCUGAAUGCAGUAGAAAGGUGUCUUGGAAGUUUUUUUGUCAAAUUGAGCAGCUUAC